GAGCUGCUGGGGCUCCCUCCGCCUCGGCCAAACCCCGGCUCUGGGCUCCGGGCUGCAGCUUCCCCGGGAGCCCUGGGCGCGGGAGGGGCCGGGGGCUUUCUGCGCCCAAGGGGUUGCUGAGCUAACUCCAGCUGGUGUGUGACUCUUCCAAGACACAGUAACUUGUCCUGAGAGCUGGCGUCACCAUGGCUGCUGGAGUCGCAGCUUGGCUGCCCUUUGCCAGGGCAGCAGCCAUUGGCUGGAUGCCCGUGGCCAACUGCCCCAUGCCCCUGGCCCCAGCUGACAAAAAUAAGAGGCAAGAUGAACUGAUCAUCCUCAAUGUGAGUGGGCGCAGAUUCCAGACAUGGCGGACCACCCUGGAGCGCUAUCCUGACACCUUACUUGGCAGCACAGAGAAAGAAUUCUUUUUCAACGAGGACACCAAGGAGUAUUUCUUUGACCGAGACCCAGAGGUAUUCCGCUGCGUCCUCAACUUCUACCGCACAGGGAAGCUGCAUUACCCCCGGUACGAGUGCAUCUCUGCUUAUGAUGACGAGCUGGCUUUCUAUGGCAUCCUUCCAGAGAUCAUUGGGGACUGUUGUUAUGAAGAGUACAAGGAUCGCAAGCGGGAGAAUGCAGAACGGCUGAUGGAUGACAAUGACUCUGAGAACAACCAGGAAUCCCUGCCGUCGCUCAGUUUCCGUCAGACCAUGUGGAGGGCCUUUGAGAAUCCGCACACGAGCACGCUGGCCCUGGUCUUCUACUAUGUCACGGGUUUCUUCAUUGCCGUUUCUGUCAUCACUAAUGUGGUGGAGACAGUGCCCUGUGGCACGGUGCCUGGGAACAAGGAGCUGCCAUGUGGGGAGCGUUACGCGGUGGCCUUCUUCUGCCUGGACACGGCCUGUGUCAUGAUCUUUACUGUUGAGUACCUGCUACGGCUGUUUGCGGCACCGAGCCGCUACCGCUUUAUCCGGAGUGUGAUGAGCAUCAUUGAUGUGGUGGCCAUCAUGCCAUACUACAUUGGCCUGGUGAUGACCAACAAUGAGGAUGUAUCCGGCGCCUUUGUCACGCUCCGGGUGUUCCGAGUCUUCAGAAUUUUCAAGUUCUCCCGGCACUCCCAGGGCUUACGAAUCCUGGGUUACACGCUUAAAAGUUGCGCGUCAGAGCUGGGCUUCCUUCUCUUUUCUCUCACCAUGGCUAUCAUUAUCUUUGCCACUGUGAUGUUUUACGCCGAGAAGGGCUCUUCUGCCAGCAAAUUCACAAGCAUCCCGGCUUCCUUUUGGUAUACCAUUGUCACCAUGACAACAUUGGGAUAUGGAGACAUGGUGCCCAAGACCAUUGCAGGGAAGAUCUUCGGUUCCAUCUGCUCUCUGAGUGGCGUCUUGGUCAUCGCCUUGCCCGUUCCUGUCAUUGUCUCCAACUUCAGUCGGAUUUACCACCAGAAUCAGAGAGCUGACAAGCGACGAGCACAGAAGAAAGCCCGCCUUGCCAGGAUCCGUGUGGCCAAGACUGGGAGUUCCAAUGCCUACCUGCACAGCAAGAGGAAUGGUCUUCUCAACGAAGCCCUGGAGCUGACAGGUUCCCCAGAGGAUGAGCACCUGACCAAGACCACAUCACUCAUUGAGAGCCAGCACCACCACCUGCUGCACUGCCUGGAGAAAACUACUGGGUUGUCCUAUCUUGUGGAUGAUCCCCUGUUAUCUGUACGAACUUCCACCAUCAAGAACCACGAGUUUAUCGAUGAGCAAAUGUUUGAGCAGAACUGCAUGGAGAGCUCGAUGCAGAAUUACCCAUCGACAAGAAGCCCUUCACUCUCCAGCCACCCGGGCCUAACUACGUCCUGCUGCUCCCGUCGAAGCAAGAAGACCACCCACCUGCCCAACUCCAACCUGCCAGCCACCCGCCUGAGGAGCAUGCAAGAGCUCAGCACCAUUCACAUCCAGGGGAGUGAACAACCCUCACUCACGACCAGUCGUUCCAGCCUUAAUUUGAAAACAGAUGAUGGACUGAGACCCAACUGCAAAGGAUCCCAGAUCACUACAGCCAUCAUCAGCAUCCCCACUCCCCCAGCGCUGACCCCGGAGGGGGAGAGCCGACCGCCACCAUCUAGCCCCGGCUCCACCACGAACAUUCCCCCCAUAGGCAGCAACAUCGUCAAGGUCUCCGCCUUGUAAAGCCACUGAGGGAAGGGCUGAUGGAAGGGCUGGUAGGAGGGAUGGGGAGGUGAAGGGAGCCUGUGGGGCCAGGCUAUUCCCUUCUCCUUCCCCUGCCACUCCUGCCCGUCCAGGUUGUACCCCUCGCACUGAAACUGUGCCUGCAAGCAGAAGGAGACACUACUGCAACCGCUUCCAGAGGGGACAGAGCCCUGGGCAUCACUCCCCCACUCUGGAGACACACAGAGGCAGGGUGGGGAGGCAGGGGAUGGGGAAUUGGGGAGGGGCCGUGUGCCAGGCCGAGGCCUGGCAGGGUAUGAUGGGGGAGAACCUCAGAUCAAACUAAUGAUUGUUUCUGGAGACUCCAGCAAGGAAAACCCAAGAACAAGAGAGCAGCACAGAGGCCGAGAGAUCACACGCAAAACAGGAAGGAAAUAUUAACACUGUGUAUUUAAGCACCUUUUUCAAGGCUUUUAAUGGAUAAUAUUUAUUCAUGGGACAUGACUGAAAAAAAAAAAGGUGGAAAACAAAGCAGAAAAACAACAGAUUUUUGUGAAAUGUUUUUCUCCAUGGACCCAAUACCUUUAACUAAACCAAAACAAUGCAUUUUAUGAGUUUUUUUUCCUCCUUUUAUAACAAAAGGCUUUAUGCCAAGAUGUCAGUUGUUACUGAGUUUUCUCUCCUUUCCCCACCCGAGGUGGGUGAAACUGGGCCACUGAGCCUACCGAAGCCUGAGUGACCCACACAGUAGCCAUGUGACCAUACUGCAGCGCUUGCUCUCUCCAAGUCUUAUAUCUUUGUCUCCUUGUCUCUUUGUACCUGGUCACUGCCGCUCCCUUUGUCUCUGUUCAGCUGUCUCUUUCUAUGGCUCUCAGUGCGAAUGGCUACCUUGGUCACUGCAGUACAACUGUAUGUGGUAAAAAAUCCACCGGCUAGUUAAUGGGAAAUUGUGCUUAAAAAAAACAAAAAACAGAAUGAGGGAGAAAGCCAAGAAGAGACAAGAUGGCACCUCCUAAUCAUCUGCCCCACUGGUACUUCUGAAGUUUUGGUUGCAACCAAACUCAUUAGCCUAGGAUCUUGAAAAAGGAAAAAAAUCAUUAGAGAAUCUUGUAUUCUGAUGAAUAGGAAAUAACAAAAAAUGGAAGAGACUCCAUGGAAGACAACUACUCUCCUGUUGUGCUGUUGGUACUGACCAUGCAGUCUGUCCAGCCCAUAGCCAGGAGCCUCUGGGAAGCUUUCCCUAGACCAUACAUGAUGUGGUCAAGGGUCUAAGAUACAGCCAACUGGUUUUCACAUCAGAGAACCCGACUUAAUAAGCUGAGCAAGGUUGGUCAUGUGUAUUCAGGAAUGUUUUAUUUUAGGGUGUGGAAAUCUGGAUAGUCCUUAGCUGGUCUGUCCAGUACCAAAGAGAACAGGUAAAGGACACAUGUCCCUCUGAGCAAGCAUAUAAAUUUGGCUUUUCCUUGGAAAGUUGGACACCACUUUUAUGAAGGGGGAUAUCCCCUUGUCUUUUUCUAUUAGUUUCAGCAGAAAAGAGUUGAUUAGCUAACCUACUACAAAUUGAUUUUUCUCCAAGUUUUGGGCUCGAUAAGCUCACCGCUCCUAUUUCCUGGACUCCCUACCUCAUGACCACUAAUUCACAGCCUGGUCUAUCAAGGAUUAAGAUGGUCAUGUUAUCUCCUCGAUCCCUUGAAGUUUCUCAGCAGUUCCUCCAAACCUACUGAGCAGCUAAGUGUUUAAUCACUCUUGCAGUUCUCCUGCCUCAGCCCUCUGUAGAUGAUUUCUUUGGUCAAGAACCUAACUUUACCCUUAUUAGGUCUCCCCAUGACCCUGGCCCUACAUGCUUUUAAAAGGGGUUUCCCAGUUAGUUCCUAAUCACAGGAAAUGAAGAGCUUCAGAUAGGGCAAAGGAGAGGGAGCCUUUCCAAACUCAUCUCAUUAUGUACUCACAGUGCACCCAAACUGGUCCUGGCCUCAGGAACUCCGACAUGGAAAGAUGUUCCUGCCUUCUGAGCUUAGUGUCUUGGUGGGAAACAAAACAUUACUGCAUAGCCAUUGACCAUGGAUGUAUAUAUACAUCAGGGUAGCCAUGCAAACCUAAAUACACUGAAUUGUCAGUGCUUAAAAAUUACUAAAUAAAGGUAGUGUAUCAGUGAAGACAAGCAGAAGCGAUUGUAGAACAGAACAGGACAAUCUUCUAGAGGGCAAAUAGGGACUUAGCGUGAUUUUUAAGGGCAAAAAGGAAAUAAUUCCAAAGGUCUAGUAUCGAGUUAAAAUGCUCUGAGAGGAAAAGAUUGAGGGAAAGAUUGAUAUUGUAUAGCCCUUUCUUGCCUCGGUCAUUUUCAAGUUGUAGCCAGCCUCCUGGUGAGGAUUCACCUUGGAAGCAGCAGACUGGUUGUCUGUGCCCAAUCUAAUACCCAGCCCACACUUGAAGCCCUCAAGCUGUUUUGGAAGAGCUUUUGAGAUCAUAGACUUAUCUUUGUUUCAUGAGGAGGCAUCAGAAUAGUUAUUUUCAUGAAGGCAAAUAAACACUGAAAAGUCAUUCUGGGUUACAAUGAACCUCCCAGUCCAAAUAUCUUGUCUCACUGUAGAACCAAAGGCUGUUUUGCAUGGAAACAUCUACAGCAUCGAUAAAAUGAGAAUUAAAAAGAGAUUUGGAGAUCACAUGGAGUUCUACCUCCCAACAAAUGGCCCCAAAAGAUUUGAGAUGCCCCCCAAGCUCUUCUGGGAUUGUUGAGAUUCCAGAUUUGGGCUUUUCAUGACGGCUGAAGGGCCUUAUUUUCUUCAGCCAUAGAAUGAAAAGAUUGGGCAAGAUGACCUGAGGUACAUUCAAGUCUAUCGUCCUUUCCUGGCAUCCACUGAAUCUCUAACUGCUCCUAUCGCACCUGCCCUCCAAACUCCUUCAGUCCUUCCCAAUUCCCAACACUUCAACUUGACAAUCCACAGCCAGAGAUGAAACCUUAGUUUUUCUAACCUUAAGGGGACGGCAAUAAACUAUAUAUAGGAGAAAAGCCCAAAUAUAACUGGAUCCUUCUAGACAACUUAAGUGAGUUUAACAAGGUACAACUUCUAUAUUGAGUGAUUAUCUUUGCAACUUGGUGGGGAGAGGGGCAAAGGGUUAAGACCAGAAUUGAUUGGGUCCUUCCUCUUCUACUAGCUCUGGAAAACUGGUUCUCAAGCUUUUUCCAUUCAUGAAUCUCUGAAGAAAUCCCUUAGACAAUGUUACACUCGGCCCCACAACCUAUCAAAACAAAGUUAGAACAAGAACAGAGAACCUGAUACUAUGUCUUUAACACUACCUGUGUAUUACUUUGGAGGUCUAGUGCAAACCUAAUAACUAGUCUCUAAAAAGGUUAAGGGACUUGUCCUAGGAGGUACAGCUCAUUAGUAGAUGAAAACAAAGCCUAUCUCCUGACUCCAUUUACCUUCAGAACAGUACUCUGACACACCAAAAUAAGAGAUUCUUUAAACACUCCCUGCCAAAUGCCUAGUACAGCAAUUGUCACAACGCUCAGCAACCCAUGAAUAAGUGACCUGGCAAUCUGGGUCAGAUUGGAAGCUCAGAGAUCACUCUGUGGGAAUCCACUGCCUUAAUGUGGUAUCAGUUCGUGUUUGUAUGUACCUAGCUUUUUCGAAGCCAAAAGAUGCAACUCCCCUUUUAGUCUUUGGGUAGGGUUGAGAAGCACUGACAAACCAGAGUCCUUUUAACCUAUUUAGCACUUGCACCUUUCCCAAAACAUUUACAUCAUAUAUGCCUCUCAUAGCCCUAUCAGAUGAGCAAGGGAUUUUGUUCUCUAUUUUGCAGUUGGACAAACUGAGGUGACAGGUAGGCUGCAGCUUUAUCCAACUUUCUCCACUGCAUUUUCCCCAAGACUAUCAUACAGAACCUACACUCUGACAUUGCCUUUCCAGGGGAAAAUCUCAUGCAGAGCCAUCUAUGGGACACCUUAAAUUUCUGCAACUAUAUCCUUUUCUCCUUCUCCUUGGUAUAUCUCUGCUUAUAAAUAAGCCUUUUGAGCUUGGGACAGUUAAGUGACAGCUUGCUCAAAAGACCAGGCCCCCUCAAUUGCAGAUUGAGGACUUCAGAAUGGCGGCAACCAUUUUUGGCUCACUGGGAUUACACAAGGGGGUCGAGCCUUAUAUAGUUGCUGCCAAAGGAGCUGAUCUCUCAUGCUUACCUAAAGGACUAACACCAGCACAAAGAGCGAAAUUGGGCAAUACAUCAAUAAGCAUGUACCAAGUAUUUACUACAUGCCAGGCACUGUGUUUAACACUGGGGAUACAAAGAGCUUACAUUCUAUAUAAAAAUAGUGGCCAUGUAAUUUUGACCAUUAAUUAGCAAAGAUGGAGAAUUCAUGAACAUCUUGAUUCCGUUGAUCUAAUAUGUGGAUCAACCAAGUCCUUGUUCUCCUGCUCCCUAAUGUGGGAUCUUUCCACUCUGAGGUAAUAGAGUAGGGAAGGGUUGAUUUUUAAACUUCAGAUUCAAAGCAUGGGUCAAAAUUAAGUUUAAGAUUCUCUGUAGAUUCCAGUGAUCCCAGCUCCCCUGUCCCCUGUAACCAGAUAACUGUGAGGUUGGUUAUGCAUAAGGAUUUUUAAAAAUAUUAAAGAGUUUACCUAGCAUAGCCAAAUAUCCAAUCCCACCCAACUAAAUGGCACUGUGAAUAUGACCAAGCAGGGAAUUGAUAGGUUUUUUUUUUUUUUUCCUUUGGGGCUUCUUUGUGGAGAACCUCAUCAUUUGCAGAGUGUUCCAUGAUUUAAGAGGGAAAAGCAUUGUCACGACCCUUAGGAAAAGGCUCAUUAGAGAAAAGGACUAUCAAAAAACAAAGUGGUUUAAAGAGGUUCUUCCUUAGUCUUGUUAUGUGUCUUUCUCACCAAGUUUGGGACUGGCCUUUGUCUCAGCAAAUCACUUACCUAUCUGGAAUGGGAAUCACUCCAUUCGGUGAAGGGUGAUAAUCUCAGUCCCAGGAAGAUUCCUUGAACCAAGGGACUAUUUUACAAAGUUGGGGCUGGGGGAAGAGGGAGGGUUGGUAUAUUUUUGAUAAUCAGACAUUCCAAUGCAAUGUUCUCUUUAGAGGUCCCCCCACCCCCUUUGUUAAUGUUUAUUGUGAGAAACAUCACGUACGUUCUUCUCUAUUUUCGUAUAAUAAAUGGGCUUUGCUUACCAACGUCACAAUGGCAGAGACAGAAACGCACUGUACAAAACUGCAGGAAGAUUCAGACUUCAUCUGAAAACAACUUUCUAAAACAAAAGUUCUUGAGUUUCCUGUUGUCUUCUCUUUGAAAUUGUAGUGCAUAUGUUAAAGUGUGUCUAUCAUUGACAGUACCAAGUCGUGUGCCACUGCUGUACCUGAUGUAUCCAAUCUGGAUUAAAUGGCGUUAUGUGCCACAAACCCCAAA